UUCCUAAAGGGCGCUUCCAGGUUGAAGGUAAAAGAGGCAGUAGCGGAGAAACAGAAAAGCGCGUAUGUGUUUGUAUUUUAAAGUUUUAUUUCCCUUUCAUUUGUUUCUUUCCUACGAAAGAAGAAGCCGUUGAGAUGAGAUCUCUUCUGCUGCUUGGCACAUCUCUUUUUCCAUAUUUAUAAAUAUAUUUAUAAUGAAUUGGUACUCGGCCGGUACUGAGCAAUCAAUUGAUAUGCCUUCCGCUCCGUUUCCUGAUCACCACUAAGAAAUUGAACCAGAGAUGUUUAUAAUUUUUUUUGUAGUAUAUAAAGUGUUGAUUUAGCUUUGCAAAUUUCAGGUCUCACUGCCUAGUUUACACCGUUGUAUUGCAAUUUUCAGGUCUCACUGCUAGUUUAACACUGUAUUGCAAUUUUUACUUAUUUAAAUAAAAACCUAGGUCAUCCAAAAAAAAAAAAAAAAAAAAAAGUUGUCAUUUUGUAUAGUUGGGUAGUGAAGUCUUAAGUUUCUCGAUUAGGUUUCCAAAUACUAUAUUGGAUAUAGAAUCUUUGAAGCAAAGCUAUGGCAGCAGCAUCUGUUGGAGGAGCUGCUCUUGGGGCAGCAUUUGGUGAGGGCUUUGCAGUGUUACAUGACACGGUUAAGGAUGUGGUAAGCAAAGCCCGUAUGUUCAAACCCAUUCUUAAACGCCUCGAAUCCACGUUAAAUCGUUUGGCACCAACGGUCAACGAAAUAACACAAUUAAGCGAACAACUUGAUCUCCCAAAAGUGGAAACAGAGAACUUGAUAAAAAAUAUGGAAAAGGGAGAGAAGCUGGUUCGCAAGUGCUUGAAAAUCCGGUGGUGGAACUACUGUUUCAAAGUCCAAUACUCUCCCAAACUUGAAGAGUUGGACAAAGAAAUUGUCAGGUUCUGUCAGGUUGAUUUGCAAGUACAUAGCACAAGGAAUGGGUUGAGGACUUUGGUAAAUGUGAAUCUUAUUCUGCAGAAAGUGGAUUCGGUUGUGGAUAGAAAAGGAGUGCCGUGCACAGUUCGUGAUCCCCCGGAUUUUACAGUCGGGUUUGAUAUGCCAAUGAAGGAGUUGAAGACGCUGCUGUUGAAGGAGGAGGUCCAGCUGCUUCUACUGACUGCUCCUGGAGGAUGUGGGAAGACCACAUUGGUCCAAAUGCUUUGUCAGGAUGAUCAAAUUAGAGGAAUGUUUGAGGACAAUAUUCUCUUUGUGAACGUUUCAAAAACUCCCAAUUUGAAGGUCAUUGUGCAGAAACUAUUAAAUUAUAAGGACGUGCACCCUAAUUUUCAAAUUCAAAGUGAUGAAGAUGCAAUCGACCAGCUGUCACAACUGCUGAAUCAUCUUAGCCCUAAUCCUAUAUUGUUGAUCCUAGAUGAUGUCUGGCUUGGAUCAGAAUCCCUUCCUGAAAUGUUUAAGUUUGAUCUUCCCAAUUACAAGAUCUUGGUUACUUCAAGAACUGCAUUUCCAAGAUUUAAAUUUACAUAUCACUUAAAACCACUAGAUGAUGUUGAUGCAAUGACUCUUUUCCGUCGCUCAGCAUCCCUACAUGAUGGGAGCUCUUAUCUUCCAGCAGAAGAAGAAGUCAAAAAGAUAGUAAGAGGCUGUGGGGGAUUCCCACUAGUCAUUAAAGUGAUUGGUGGCUCACUGUGUGGGCAGCAUGCAGUAGUAUGGCACAGUAGACUAAUGAAAUGGUCUGAUGGUCAAUUUUAUUUUAGUUCUGAUACGGAGCUGCUUGCUCAUCUUCAAAAAAGCCUAGAAUUUUCAGAUGACAAGGUCAUCAUUAAAGAGUGUUUCAUGGACCUAGGUUCAUUUCCCGAAGACCAAAGGAUCCCUGCUGCUGCCAUCAUUGAUAUGUGGGCAGAAUUAUAUGAACUGGAUGAGGAUGGCAUCCAAGCCAUUGCCAAUUUGCAAGAACUCACCAUUCGAAAUCUGGCUAGUCUUGUGAUGGCAAGGAAAGAUGCAAGUGAGGUCAAAAGCUAUUACAAUGAAGACUUUGUCACACAACAUGAUAUUCUUAGAGAGCUUGCUAUGCAUCAGAGCAGCCAGGAGUCUGUAGGACAAAGGCCAAGACUGAUUAUUAACAUAAGUGGAAACAAUCUACCAAAGUGGUGGACAGAACAAAAACAACAACUCAUUAAUGCUCGCCUACUAUCUAUCUCAACAGAUGAAUUAUUCUCGUCUAGUUGGUGCAACAUUCAAGGAUCCAAAGUUGAGGUUCUAGUUUUGAAUUUUCAUUCAAAGAAUUACACCUUACCUGAUUUUUUGGAGAAAAUGGAUAAACUCAAGGUUUUGAUAAUCAAUAAUUAUGGUUUCUUUCAUUCCAAAAUAAGCAAUUUUCAAUUGCUCGGAUCUCUACCCAAUUUAAAACGAAUCAGAUUAGAGAAGGUUUCAAUUUCUUCGCUUUGCAAGACCCUAGUACCAUUGAAGAGUUUGAAGAAAAUAUCCUUGUUUAUGUGUAAUAUUGGUAAGGCUUUUGAGGAUUGUACAAUUCAGGUUUCUGAUGCAUUUCCAAAUUUGACGGAGAUAAGCAUUGACUAUUGCAAUGAUCUGGAGGAAUUGCCUGUUGGGCUAUGUGAUAUCGUCCACCUCAAAAAAAUCAGCAUCACCAACUGUCAUAAGUUGUUUGCACUGCCAGAAAAAAUUGGAAAGCUGGUGAAUUUAGAAGUGCUAAGGCUUAGGUCAUGUACAGAUUUGUCAGAACUACCAGAUUCAAUCAAAAGCCUCCAUAAGUUAAGCAUUUUAGACAUAUCUGACUGCUUAAGCAUUAUGAAGUUGCCAAAACACAUUGGUGAGUUGUGUAAUUUAAAAGAGCUCAACAUGAAAGGGUGCUUGAGAUUGCGUACUCAAUUUCCAGAAUCAAUAAUGGAUCUUGAGCAGUUAAAGCUUGUGGUAUGUGACGAAGAGAGGGCCAGGUUAUGGGAGCCUAUCAAGGAAUUCCUCACUGAGCUUAAGGUAGAGGUGGCUGAAAAAGAUAUCAACUUAAAUUGGCUUCCCAAUUGAUUUCUGAGAACUGUUCUUCAAAAAUGUUGUUGGCUCUAAUUCCUUACCAACAAAGGAAAAUCUGCUCAAAAGAAUCAAUAUUGAUGACCCCUCUUGUCUCCUUUGUGCUCAAAGCAAUCUGAUGGGGUUUCAGGUCUGAUGAGCACCAUAUUUCUCCCUACACGGACAUCGUCAAGCUAAUUUUGGACCCUCCUUAAGCUCUAUGCCCUUCUGAAGACCAAUGGCUUAUUCCCUUAACAUGGCUCUCGUUCUUGAUGAAAUCUGGCAUCUUAGAAAUCAAGCUUCUUUUCAGGAGGGACAGGUUGACAUUCCAAACUCCAUAAUGCAGAUAAACUUCAAGUUCCUUGAAUUUUCAACUUGCUGGAAUCAGAAAAGCCCUCCUUUGCUGCACCGGCUGUAUUUAGAUGGGAGCCCCCUCCCCCAGGAUGGAUAAAACUUAACGUUGAUGCAGCUGUAGCCGAGUCUUCUUCUGCCCUUGCAGUUGUUGCUAGAGAUGACAAGGGCAUGGUGUGUAAUGUGCGUGCUAUAACUUGGUAUAAAUUUUGCAACCUUUGCCUCGGAGCUUUGGACACUACAUGAGCCAGGGAUUUUGAGCCUCAAACCAUUUGGUCUAUUCUUUGCUCUUUUCCAUCUGAAUAUUCUGGUUCAUUCUGAGA